CAGUCUUCUUUUUUUCUUUCUUUUCCACUUCAGUCUUCUUCUUCUUCUUCUUCUUUUCCUCCAAACUUCAAAUUUCAUUUCCCCAACUUUCUCUCUCUAGAUUCACAUUCCCUCACACUUUCUCUCUCUAAAAACUAAAAUUCCACUCUCCAAUUUGCAGUACAUCGUCGCUCUCUUACCAGCUAUGGCUGCAACUUCCAGAUUCCACAGCACGGAGCUUAAAUUUCACUGACACCAAGCGAAACCCUAAUUGAAAUUUGAAGGAAGAAAUGGUUUUCAAGAACAAAUUAUUUUUCUCAUCGAAGAAAUCAGACACUUCAAGUCCGGAUGGAUCUUCUAACAGCCCGAGAUCCAUCGGGUCCAAUUCCCCGAUCCGAUCCGACAAGAAAAAACCCAAAUCUGUAAGUAAAGACGAUUCUCCAACUCCAACUCCAACUGCAACUUCAACUUCAGCUUCUAGUUCUACAAGUAGCAGUAGUUUUGCUAGUAAGAAGCUACAAUUACAGUCACAGGUUAAAGACGGGGUUAAAAAGAAAGAUAAAGAAUCUUCGGCGACAGUUCAAUCGCCGAAAAAACUGUCAUUUUCUAACAAGAAAUCGGUAACUUCCUCCAGUAAAACAGCAACACCGGCGGUGCCUUUGGAUAAGGCUACUGCUACUGGUGCUGCCUCGUCUUCGGUUUCGCCGAUAUUGGCGUCGUCGUUAGGGUUAAAUAAGAUUAAGACGAGAUCCGGGCCGUUGCCGCAAGAGAGUUUUUUCAGCUUUAGAGGUGGUGGCGGUGGUGGUGAUAAAGGGUCGAGUAAUUUAUCGCGGUCGGGUGGCGGAGAUGGAGGGUUGAGUUCGAGUUCAGGGAAGAAGGAGGUUUUGGGACAGAGUAGGAUGAUGAAAAUGGGAAGUGGUGAGAGUUUAAUUAGUGAUAUUAAUAGUAAUUGGGAUAGUAAUAUGUCUAGUGGAAGUGGACAGCUAAGGGAUGCAAGUCCUAAUUUGCAGGGGAAAUCGCGGUUGCUAAAUGGGGAGCCAUCGGCCGAGGCAGGUGGAUACGAGUCAUCACAGGGUCGCUCUGGAGGCUUAAAAAGUUCUGAUGCUAUUACACCAGAGACUAGUGAUUGUGAAAACCCAAAGGAAUCUGAAUCUCCCCGUUUUCAAGCCAUACUUCGAGUUACUAGUGCACCUAGAAAGAGGUUUCCUUCUGAUAUCAAAAGUUUCUCCCAUGAAUUGAACUCCAAAGGGGUGCGGCCUUUCCCAUUUUGGAAGCCUCGAGGCCUAAAUAACUUGGAGGAAAUUGUGGUCGUUAUACGGGCAAAAUUUGACAAAGCAAAGGAAGAAGUGAAUUCUGAUCUAGCUAUAUUUGCUGCGGAUCUGGUUGGUGUCCUAGAAAAGAAUGCUGAAAGUCAUCCUGAGUGGCAAGAGACUAUUGAAGACUUGUUGGUUUUGGCUCGUAGUUGUGCUAUGUCAUCCCCGAGUGAAUUUUGGCUUCAGUGUGAAGGUAUAGUUCAAGAAUUGGAUGAUAGGCGUCAGGAACUUCCUCCAGGAAUGCUGAAGCAGCUUCACACUCGAAUGCUUUUCAUUCUCACAAGAUGUACCAGGUUGUUGCAAUUUCAUAAGGAAAGUGGUCUGCCCCAAGAUGAAAAUGUUUUUCAGCUUCGUCAGUCUAGGCUUCUACAAUCUGCUGAAAAACUUAUUCCUCCUAGCAUUGGAAGGGAUGGAAAAAGUUCUAGUGCUGCCAAGGCAUCAAAAGCAACUUCAGCAAGAAAAUCUUAUAGUCAAGAGCAGCAUGGCUUUAAUUGGAACAGAGGCCAUGUUGAACAGGUAGUAAAUUCAAUCCCUACUGUAGAUGACGCUUCAAAAAAUAUUGAUACUUCUGGGAGUCGGUCUAGGAUAGCUUCUUGGAAGAAACUACCAUCUCCUGCAGGUAAAAGCGUGAAGGAAGUUGCAACUUUAGUUUCAAAGGAAAACAAUGAGUGUCAGAUGGAACCUUCAAAAUUAUUAAACAACAGGAAAUUAGUUUCAGAUGCAGAUCUUUCUGCUCCUAAGACUUUAGAGCUUCCUGUAGCCAAAGAUUCACAUGACCACUCUACGAAGCACCAACAUAAAGCAUCUUGGGGUUACUGGGGAGAUCAGCAGAAUAUUUCUGAUGAUAAUUCAAUAAUUUGUCGUAUUUGUGAGGAGGAGGUUCCAACUUUACAUGUUGAAGACCAUUCAAGAAUUUGUUCCAUGGCUGAUCGAUGUGAUCAGAAGGGCGUAAGUGUGAAUGAACGCCUUGCCAGAAUUUCUGAAACUCUUGAGAAGAUAAUUGAGUCUUUUACCCAGAAGGAUACCCAACCUGCAGUCAGAAGCCCUGAUGUUGCAAAAGCAUCCAAUUCUAGUGUGACUGAAGAGUCUGAUGUCCUCUCCCCAAAACUCAGUGAUUGGUCUCGUAGAGGAUCUGAGGACAUGCUUGACUGUUUUCCUGAAGCUGAUAAUUCUGUUUUUAUGGAUGACCUAAAGGGUUUGCCUUCAAUGUCAUGCAAAACUCGUUUUGGUCCAAAAUCAGAUCAAGGAAUGGCCACAUCAUCGGCAGGUAGCAUGACUCCUAGAUCUCCAUUAUUGACACCUAGGACCAGUCAGAUAGACUUGCUUCUUGCAGGGAAGGGUGCUUUUCCUGAGCACGAUGACCUUGUACAGAUGAAUGAACUUGCUGAUAUUGCUAAAUGUGUGGCAACUACACCGUUAGAUGAUGAUCGUUCUAUUGCCUACUUACUUUCUUGUCUUGAAGACCUGAGAAUUGUCAUUGACCGAAGAAAGUUUGAUGCACUUACAGUUGAAACGUUUGGAACACGCAUUGAAAAGCUUAUUCGGGAGAAGUAUUUGCAGCUAUGUGAACUUGUAGAAGAUGAAAGAGUUGAUAUAUCAAGUACUGUGAUUGAUGAAGAUGCUCCUAUGGAGGAUGAUGUAGUCCGAAGCUUGAGAACAAGUCCCAUACAUUCUUCUAAGGAUCGCACUUCAAUAGAUGAUUUUGAGAUAAUAAAACCAAUAAGCCGUGGGGCAUUUGGACGAGUUUUCUUGGCAAAAAAGAGAACUACUGGAGAUCUUUUUGCCAUAAAGGUACUUAAAAAAGCAGACAUGAUUCGUAAGAAUGCUGUUGAAAGUAUACUUGCAGAGCGAGAUAUUUUAAUUUCAGUUCGCAAUCCUUUUGUGGUUCGCUUUUUUUAUUCAUUUACAUGUCGUGAGAAUUUAUACCUUGUGAUGGAGUACUUGAAUGGGGGAGAUUUAUAUUCUUUGUUGAGGAAUUUGGGCUGCUUAGAUGAAGAUGUGGCUCGUGUAUACAUUGCUGAAGUUGUUCUUGCUUUGGAAUAUCUACAUUCUCUUCGUGUGGUUCAUCGUGAUUUGAAGCCUGAUAAUUUGCUGAUUGCUCAUGAUGGCCAUAUCAAGUUGACAGACUUUGGUCUUUCCAAGGUUGGUCUGAUCAACAGCACUGAUGAUUUGUCUGGGCCAGCAGUUGGUGGGACCUCUAUGCUGGAGGAUGAUGAACCGCAGCUAUCAGCUUCUGAGCAACAGCAGGAAAGACGGAAGAAACGUUCUGCUGUGGGAACACCUGAUUAUUUGGCUCCAGAGAUACUUUUGGGAACAGGACAUGGCACAACUGCAGAUUGGUGGUCUGUGGGUGUCAUUCUGUUUGAGCUGAUUGUUGGUAUUCCACCAUUUAAUGCAGAACAUCCCCAGAUAAUUUUUGAUAAUAUUCUCAAUUGUAAGAUACCAUGGCCCCGGGUACCUGAAGAAAUGAGUACUGACGCACAGGAUCUUAUAGAUAGAUUAUUAACUGAAGAUCCCCAUCAGAGACUUGGAGCUGGAGGGGCAUCUGAGGUGAAGCAGCAUGUAUUCUUUAAGGAUAUUAACUGGGACACACUUGCCAGGCAGAAGGCUGCAUUUGUUCCCAGUUCGGAAAGUGUACUUGAUACAAGUUACUUCACAAGUCGCUACUCUUGGAAUACUUCAGAUGACCACGUAUACCCAGCAAGUGAGUUUGAAGAUUCCAGUGAUGCUGACAGCUUAAGUGGUUCUAGUAGCUGCUUAAGCAAUCGCCAUGAUGAAGUGGGAGAUGAAUGUGGGGGUCUUGCAGAGUUCGACUCUAGCUCAUCUGUCAACUAUUCAUUUAGUAAUUUCUCAUUUAAGAAUCUCUCCCAGCUCGCAUCAAUCAACUACGAUCUUCUCUCCAAGGGCUGGAAGGACGAUCCAUCUACAAAUUCCAAUCCAUGAUCUUUGUAUCUACUCAGUCGAACCACAAUUGUGGUUUUGACAUCGGAUUAAUUUGGCACUUUUAAGGUGCCUGAUUGCCAGUGUUGUUUGUAUACUCUGUACAUAAAUAGCCAAAAUAUUGAAGGACUGAAACUGCUCUGGGGAUGUGCUCUUUCCGCAUUAUAGGUAAUGUAUCCACACUGGGAUUUUUGAUUAUAAUAUUAUCAAGAGUUAAUUUAUUUUUUCGCCGAGGAUCUUACUUGUACCAUAAUUAAAAUGCCAGUGUUAAACCUAUUGUGCACCGUUUGUGAAUUGUUUCCUCAUCAAUGAGAAUACAUCCCUUUGUUUUCA